AUGAAAAUUGAAAGUACGACCAUUAGAACUGUUGGAACUGUUAAUACUUCAAAAUGGAACGAGAAUUUAACUGAUCCUUGCAGUUCUUCUCCCAUUAUUGCUACCACUACUAACAUUAAUGAUAUCACUGAUACGAGUAAUUUAUCAAUUUCAACCAAAACUUAUAAGAAUGGUAAUGGUAACUAA